AGCACUCAAACUAAUUUACCGCACCGACUGUGCUACACUCCUGCAGGGCAUCAUCCUCUCGUUUGGGACGCGCUUAACCUGGAUUAUCUCUCGGUGGUUUGACACAGCUGCUCUUGGCUCUAAUAGAUUAUUGUAUCAUGCGAGUUUUUACUUGACCGGAUCAGAAAGUCGUCAUUGUUGUAUUUUGUUUUGGUGGAGGAAGAUAGUUUUACUUCAAGAGACGAGACUUCAAUGCCAGAUUCAGCAACGAUGAGCAAAAACGGAAUGGUGACAAAAAUCCACACGAGGAUAAGAACUGACCCGUUCACAGCCAAUUAUGACCUGGUCGGCAAAGAACUGGGCAGGGGAAAGUUUGCGGUGGUGAAGAAGUGCAUUGAGAAGGCAACAGGGAAGCAGUACGCUGCCAAGUUCCUGCGAAAGCGACGGAAGGGCGCGGACUGCCGCAUGGACAUCUUGAACGAGAUUGCUGUGCUGGAGGCGGCCAAGGCAAACCCCUAUGUGGUGGCACUGCAUGAGGUCUACGAAACCCACACUGAAAUCAUCCUCGUUCUUGAGUGUGCCGCUGGUGGCGAAAUCUUCAACCAAUGUGUUGCUGAUAAUGACGAGGCUUUCACAGAGAAAGAUGUGAUCCGGCUGGCCAAGCAGAUCCUGACUGGGGUGGCUUUCCUUCAUCGAAACAAUGUUGUGCAUCUGGAUCUGAAACCCCAGAACAUCUUGCUGACCAGUGCCAGACCUCUUGGGGACAUUCGUAUUGUGGACUUUGGCUUGUCCAGGCGCAUGGACAACAUCACAGAAGUCAGAGAGAUUCUGGGCACCCCAGAGUAUGUGGCACCAGAGAUCCUGAACUAUGAACCCAUUAGCACUGCUACAGACAUGUGGAGUAUCGGGGUCCUGAUCUACGUCAUGCUGACAGGCGAGUCUCCCUUCCUGGGUGACGAAAAGCAGCAAACAUUCCUCAAUAUCUCCCAAGUCAACGUAGACUACUCUCAAGACACGUUUGAAGGAAUCUCCUCCCUGGCUAUUGACUUCAUCAAGUCCCUGUUACUUAAAAACCCCAGGAAGAGAGCCACAGCAGAAGAAUGCCUCAACCACCCCUGGCUGAACCCGCUCCCCCAUCCCCACUCCCACCCGCACCUCCACACCAGGUCGGCUGCUUCUUUGGACGAGCCGGAGACGAGUCAGUCUGAGUCGGAGCCCGAGAGCCCAGCUCCGUCCCCUGAGCUGGACUUGCUCGGCUCGUACCUUACGUGCUCAGGCCAGGGUGGGCUGAAGACGGGCCGUGACGCCUUCUCUUUCAGCGAGUCCCCCUUCCCCACACGACCUGAAAUACAGCAGGAGCUGAUCUGCUGAAUGAUGCCUCACAGGUGGAGAGAGACUGAAAGAAUUCAAACUCAACGGGGCAGACGCUGAAAGCCAGUGAGCCUGCAGCUUCUUGGUUUGGAUCUGACACAAGGCCAUGCUAUAUGGAUGCUGUAUGCCUGCUGCUGGCUGCUUCUACUGCUGUGAUGUCUGUGAGCUGGGCUGUGUGGAGUUUGAUACCUCUGCGUGUGUGUUUAUGUGUGUGAAUAAUACAUGCUACUCCGUGCUGAUUUAUGAUUGCACGGCAGGAAUGUGAGAGGAAUGAAGAUGCAGGAGAAAAGAGUGGGAGAAGACACACAAGGAUUGUGUCGCAGGACUGCACUGCUACCUUAAAAGUGACAGAACUGAACUGGGCUCAGCUUAUAAUACUGUUGUCAGUUCACCCCUGCACGCACACUGGUUCCUCAUUUUACCCAAUUAGCCCUUUGAAGGAGGAAAGGCAGCCUCCUGCUUCCUUGGGAAAUGACUUCACUCACUGUGUGCUCUCAUCAAAACAAGUUAUGCUUCAGCUGACCCAGACAUACCUUCUGUGAUGAGUUUUCUUGAAGGAAGUAAAGGGUUUUGACAGAUGGUUCUAUUUAACAAUGGAAUUAAAGGACAGCACCUACGCUGAAUCCAGACGUUAACUGUCCCACUGUUUUAUACGUUUAUUUAUAUGUGUUUGGUAUACCACUUCAGCCCCUUAAACAUACAAAGCCACAUCAAUGCCUGACUUUGAGAUGAAAAUGGUAGCAUUCUUAUUUUUUUAAGGACAAUCUUGAGCACUUUUUAUUUUGUUUUUGGACUUCCGUGUAAUAGUAAGAAACCAAAGGCUCAUCGAGCACAGUCAGCUGUCACAAUGUACUGUACAUAUUAACAACCAUAUUCUCCACCAUCCACUGUUAUUGUCACAUGACCUUUUUUUCACAAAUGUGCCACUUUCUCAACCUCACUUCUCUGUUAAUAUCAAAGUUAAAAGUUUUACUUGGUUCGUUUUUUUUGUUGGCUAUUGCACAAGUUGCACAAUUUUUUUUGUACUUAACUGCGCUAGAUUUCAUGCUCUUUGAAUAUUGUGAAAACAUCAGUCAUGGAAAGAGGGAAUGGCAGGGGUUGAAAGCAACAGCUCAGUUUUGCUAUUAGAGUUGUAGUAGAUGAACAAUGAUAUGGUCAACUGAAGAACCCAGAGUUGUAUAAAUAUAUGAUAUUUGCCUUCAGAUGCUCGGGAGCAGAGAAAUAAGAAUUUCUCAAAAAAGUACUGAAAUGUAUAUUGUGAGUUAGUAUUAAAAUUAAUCUCUAAGGAUAAUUGUUGUUUGUUUUUUUGUUUUUUUUUGUUCUGUUUUUUUUUUUUUUACCAGUGUAUGAAUGUUAACAUCAUUAUAUCACGUCUUAUUUUGUACAUUAACUUUUACUUAUUCCUGUUGUUUUCUGCUCAUGAAUUUCAGGCAGGUUUGCACUUGUCCGUGGGGACGUUAUAUUAAAAUGAAUAAAUGUUGAUGAUGGCAUGCAUUGCAAAAUGUAUCGAAGAAAAACAAAAUACAUGCGCAUUUUGUAUCAAA